AUGGUCUUGGGUCGCCACAUCAAAAUGGUGUGCACCAUCUCUUGGAGUCGAUGUUGUGCCGCCGCACACCAACGUUGUCCUGGUGCAUGUGGUUGUCGUUCCCCCGCAUGUGGGCGUUAUGCUGGUGCACAUAGGCACCAUGUCAUCACACACGUGCGUUGUGCCUCCACGCACAGGUCCCAGCCGUCGCAUGUGGCCACUAUGCCAGAGUGCACAGGUGUUGUGCCAAUGCAUGUAGCGGUGCUGAUGGUAGGGGUGGUUCCUAUAGGUGGAACCUAGUAACACUUAUGGUUGGAGAUGUUCUAAUUCAUGAUGGCAGCAUUACUAUUGUCGGAGGUGACAUACAUCGCCAUCCUAUCAUAAUGACAUGUUGCGUAAGUACUUCACAAUGGAUGAUGUAUGUGGCUGCACUUUCAUCUUCUCCUCCACCAGCAAUGUACUCCUCAAUUUGAAGAAGAUUUUGGAUCUAAUGUUCAGUCAUAAAUAAUCAUAAUAAAGUGAGAGUAAUUAGAAAACAUACAUGAGCCCAUUACAACUUAGAUGUGAGUCAUAACUCCUAAGAUUAGUGUAAGUGAGUUGUCCACAUUCUAACUCUCUCUUGAAGUGAUGAGAUGCUCCAAAAAUGACUCUCACUAUGUGUGACUAACAUAACUUAAUCGUUCUUUAUUAAAUCACCUAAAUUUAAAAUUUCUAAAAUUAUUAAAUAUUAAUUUUCAAAUAUUUUUAAGGAUUUCUCAAUAAAUAUAUUAAUUAUAAUUUGAUCAAAACUCCAAAAUAGUAGGAAUUUUCUAAGUAAAUCACCAAGAUGUAAGAUAAUAUUAAGUAAAAUUAUAAUUUUUCUCAAAAAUAUGAUUUUUUACAAUUUUUGGACUAAAAGUUCAUAAGAAAAUCUAUUUAAAAAUUAGAGAAAAAAUAAAUUCGAGUGCUAAAAUUAUGCAUACAUCAAUGCUCAAAGAACAAUGAUUUGAGUGAAAAUAGAAUUUCACUAGUGAUUAUCGAGUAAAUGAUUACAAAUGAUUCAAUUGAUGAAAUUGAGGUAUGCAAACAUCAAAAGAAUUGUAGUUGACUAAAUAAGAGUUUCAAAAUUUGAAUUCAAGAAAAACUAUCAUUAAUCUAAAUAUAAAUAAUUUAAAACAUGUGAAAUAGUGUUCUGGUGUCACAACAAUGAUUACUAGAAUUCUAAGUGAUCAUGUGGAUUCCAAGGGGCAUCUAUAGCCUCAAAGACUCUCUUUGGAUGUGAUCAGUUGUGGACACUCUUUGGAUUCACAUUCGAAGUUUAGAGGGUGAAGGUAGGUGGUGGCAAUAUUCUCUAGCAGUCGUCACCUAAUGAAGCAAAAGUUUGACAAAGUUAGGUCUUUGGCGGCUGUCACCCAACAAAGCUAAACUUGAUGAAGGUAAAACAUGUGUUAAUAAGCUUUAUCCUCAGGUCUACGCAAUAAGAGGAGGCUCUUUAUCACAUUUAGAAUGCUUUGAAGAGAUCGUGGCAAAUCUCUUAACAUAUUCCCCUAUUCUCGAUGACACCCAUGAGUAGUAUGUGCAUAAAACACAUCAAAUGGCAGCUCUUUAG